AUGCAGUAUUAGCAUCGUGACAGUGUGAAGAAACGGACCGCAAAAAUGAAUGAUAAGUCAAUGAUUAAGCCAGCUGAGAUGCUGCCAUCAAAUCGCGACACCAAUUGUGCUGUAAAGCAAGGUCUUCACACGAAAUCCAAGCUGUUUUCGAUUGACUAUAUACUUAACCUGAAAUCUCCUGAAACUUCGACAGAAGAGAACAGACUACAAGAGAACGAAGAUAGCUAUGACGUCAACGAGACACCAUCACCUGUCCCGCAAAUCACAGAGCGAAUUGACACCAUCGAAUUUCAGUGGGAUUUAAGCAAGUGUUUCCUUCGCAAACACAAGCCAAACAGAAAGCCGCGAACACCUUUUUCUGCAAACCAAUUGCUUACAUUGGAACAGAAGUUCAAAAAAAAGCAGUAUCUAUCUAUAAACGAACGAGCAGAAUUGAGUGACCUACUAAAUUUAACAGAAACACAAAUAAAGAUCUGGUUUCAAAACAGAAGAGCAAAAGAGAAACGAUUACGAGAGGCUGCGUUCGAGAAGUCUAGCCGUUCAUAUACGUCUACAAGCACCCAUAGACAAUGUUACUGUUCAUCUACACGAGAACUCUACUUACGCCCAGUAACUUGUAAAAGACUGGGCUGCAGACUUGUUCAUUAAAAAUCUAAAUGAUUUAUUUGUGUAAAUAAGUUGCGUAGUAAACCAUAUAUUAUGUAUAUAUAGAACUAAAUUAAAAAAACAAAAAAACAAAGAAAACAUUUUGUGAAACUAUUUAUGUUGCUUAAUCUAAACCAAGGACUACUUUAUCCCUUCA